UUUUUUAAAUACAGAUGUUUUACAAUUUUAAGGAAAAUCAAACAAUAACUGUAGCAUUUUGUUCUAUAAAACAAUUAUUGAAGCCAGCUGAAGACGUUACUACCCCACGUGGAGCAAUUUUCCGAAAAGGUCACCGAACCCUGAUAGGGAUAAUAAGGCCAUGAAGCCUUCCUCUUGGACGAACAGGCAGAAGUGUCCUGAAGGAGGCGGCGCAGGCUCCAGGCACAGUCUGGGGCGAUCAUGGAGGCUGCACGCAUGAGGCUGGAGACCAUCCUUCUGGAUGCCCAGGCUGCUGGGCUCUCCAGAUCAGAGGCUGUGAGAUUGGCUGCUGCCAGAAGACCUAAGCACUGGCGAGUGAAGAUAUGCCGUAUAGUCUUGUUAAUUAUGGCAUUGGCAAUAGUGGUAAAGGCGAAACUCUAUACCAUUGAAGGGAUUACAACUGCUUGGAUGUGGUACUAUGGCAGACAUCCCACUGCAGAUAAGUGUGCAGUAUGGAUGCCUGAUGUUGCAUACCAUGUUUUUCGACCACCAGUAGAUUGUACUGUAUGUCGUGAUGUUCAUCAGGUAGAAAGGGUUUACAAUAUUACACCUGAAGAAUUUGAAACCAAGUAUGCUUUUUCAGGACGUCCUGUAAUUGUAAGCGAUGCCAUGAAAAACUGGACAGCACCUUACAUCUUUAGCUUUGGAUUCUUUCGAGAGCUAUAUGCUGGAAGUAAGGCACAAGACAGAUGCCAGUUCUUUGCAUACAAGACCAACUUCAGUUUCCUCUGGGAAGUAUUUGAAAUGCCGAAAGAGCGAGCUGAAUUACAUAAUGGUCAGGAACCAUGGUAUGUCGGCUGGAGUAAUUGUGAUGAAGAAGUAGGGCAAAUCAUAAGAGAUCACUAUAGCAAACCUUACUUUCUUCCCAAAAACUCAGAGAACAAAAAUACAGACUGGAUAUUUAUGGGCAGCAAAGGAUUUGGUGCACAUAUGCAUGUCGACAAUGUUAAUAACCCUUCUUGGCAAGCACAACUUGCAGGGGCAAAGAAUUGGACAUUACUACCGCCUCCUGAGUGUAUAUAUGAGUGUUUGAGCCAUCAAGUGACAAUUAAUCAAGGAGAAAUAUUUGUUUUAGACACCAAUAUAUGGUACCAUUCCACAUUAAUUGUAUCAGAUGGAAUCAGCAUCACGAUUGGAGCGGAAUUCUGUACUACCUAUUUUCUGCUUCAUGAGCUGUCCUCAAAGCUAUUGGUCCCAGCUUAUCUCAAACUUGCAGGCAUGAUGGAAGGGAUCUUCAAUUUCAAUAGGUAGUUUUAACAGCUCAUAAUAAAAAAAAAUAAAUGGAUGACCUUCUCAAGAUAAAACUACAUGAUAUGUAAAAAUAACAAAAUAUAUUUUCAAAUAAAUUAUUCAACACUUUUGUCAUUUUUUAACUCAAAUGUGUUAUUAUCAACUCUUUCUUUGUAUUCAAAAAGUUGAUUGAGUUCGAUAGUGGAAUAAUUAUGCCUACUUUAUUGUUGUAUAAACUUAAAAUUAAAAUAAGAAAUAUUGCAAAAUAUCUCUUUGUAAUCUGAUUGUUGUUUCACCUUCUUGUUUCUUUUGUAAAAGUUUGCUGCCUAAAUAAAUCUAUAUUAGUUUUGCUAUAAUGAAAUCAUGUAGUGUUAUUCGUUCUGUCUAUCAGGAAUAAGUCAUGUAUGAUCAAUAGAAAAAUAUUCUUUGAAAUAAACAUUUAUAACAUAAAUAAUUAAAUGCUAUAAGUUAAUUAAAUAAACCACCAGUAUUUUAGAGUAAAAUAAACAUUUCCUCAUUGAGUAUUAUUCAUAAAGUAAUAGUUUAAAAAGUAAUUGUAGCAGAUUUUAACAUAAGUUGUUAUUAAAAAUAUAAGAUAUAUAUCAGAAAUUACAUCAUGGAAUAUAAAAGCCAAAUCAUAGGCCAAGUAAUAAUGAUUAUAAUUGGAAACAAUGAGAUUAUUAUAAUUUAAAUUUUAUCUCAAUAACAAUUUUAAUUUCUAUCUUGACAUAAUAAUAAAAAACAAUUGCAUUCCAGUUUGAUACAUACAAUUCUUCAUCUUUGUUAUUUGUAUUUAUCCAUCUCGUUUUUGGUCUACCAUGCUUGCAUACAAUUGAACCAUUCAAUGUUGUGUAGACUUCUUGAGGGAUUGCUUUGAACAACAUGUGCAGUGCAUGAGCAACAUGUAUCUUCAGAUAUUGAUUGACCAGUUUCUAUAAGCAGUGGUCCUUCUCAUACAUGCAAACAGCAAUGUACAUCAUUGAUUUGAGAUUUCAAUACCAUCCAAAGAAAGUAGAAAAAAUCCAGUAAGUCAUCAAUUGAGUUUAUUGUAGAACCUAAGUAUUUGAAUCUUUCAACUCCUGGUAAAAAUUCCACUUCAACACAGAUCCUCUGGGAUUGGAUGUUAAGAUUAUCUUUGUUUUUGGUAAAAAGUGUAUAAUACUAAUGAAACUGAAAUUUUAAGGAUUAAGAUAGUGAUCUAAUAACCAUUAUUAAUUAAUUCCAAUGAAAGUAGUGGAGGUUUCAGGAAAAAAGUUAUCACUACAACCUAUGAAAUAUCUAAGAUUCACAACUUUGUAAGGAAGUACUGUUUCGUGGUGAACGGUUGUGCAGGGGUCACACUCAACUGUCAGGUUUUC